AUGACCUGCGAGUGUGGGAACUCAGAGCUGACCUUGACUGGUAGAGGCACAGAGAGUCAGCAGAUGGGACUUGGGAUGCCGGUCUCGCCGUCCGGUUCUGUGGACGUCCAGAGAGUGUUACGUGGAGUGCUGGACCUGCAAUUGGACUGUGCAACCCCAGUGAGCCACUUCCUGCUCUGUGCCUCGGUGUCCACAUCUUUGCAUCAAGCUCGGUCUCCUGUGUCUGUGGGUCCGCGCCUUCCCGAGACUGGAGUUGGAUUUCCUUUUUGGAAUCCUACAUUUGGGGGCUCGUCCGGGAUCUGCGCGGUCACCCCAGACUCCGAAGACCCCUUGGAGCUCUUACAGGCACUCUUCACCACGGAGGAGAGAGAAAGAAUCACACAGGAAGCAAGAAAGAAUAUCCGAGGCACCAACGGGCAGCCGGCAACGAUAGCUGAGGCGGAAGAAGGGUUUCCGCACAACCGACCCAACUGGGACUAUAACACGGCUGAAGGUAGGGGGUCGCUGUCCGCUUACCGCCGGGCUCUAGUGGCGGGUCUCCGGGGAGCCGCAAGGCGGCCCACCAAUUUGGCUAAGGUAAGAGAGAUUCAGCAAGGACCCACUGAACCCCCCUCCGUUUUUCUAGAACGAUUGAUGGAGGCUUACCGCAGGUACACGCCCUUUGAUCCGUCCUCGGAAGGGCAGAAGGCCUCUGUCAUUAUGGCCUUUAUUGGACAGUCAGCCCCAGAUAUAAAGAGGAGAUUACAAAGGCUAGAGGGGCUGCAAGACUACGACCUGCGGGACGUAAUAAAGGAGGCUGAAAAGGUGUAUCAUAAAAGGGAGAGUGAAGAGGAAAAGCGAGAGAGAGAGAGAAGGGAGGCUGAGGAGAGGGAAGACAGGAGAGACAGGAGACGAGAAAAAAAAACUAACUAAAAUACUGGCCGCAGUGAUAAAAGCGACAGGGCCAGAUCACAGACAGUCAGGGAACCUGGGCAACGCCCCACGACCAGGCUCACGCAGACGGUAACCCUUGGACAAGGACCAAUGUGCCUAUUGUAAGGAGAGAGGACACUGGGCAAGGGAAUGCCCCAAGAAAAGGGCCACACCCAAGGUGUUGUCUUUAGGAGAGGACGAAGAAUAGCGGGGACGGGGCUCGGGCCCCCUCCCCGAGCCUAGGGUAACCCUAACUGUUGAGGGGACCCCUAUGAGUUUUCUGAUUGAUACUGGGGCUGAAUAUUCAGUACUGAAGCAACCUUUGGGGAAAUUAAAAACUAAAAAGACUCUGGUUGUUGGAGCCACUGGGCAGAAACAAUACUCAUGGACUACUUCCCGGACAGUGGACUUGGGGAAAGGAAGGGUGUCCCAUUCCUUCCUAGUGAUUCCUGAAUGCCCGACCCCGUUGCUAGGU